GAGCGGCUGGAGAUGGCGGGGUUUCGGGCCAAAAGCAUUUGUUAUUGGGACCAAAUUAAACCCGUGCAGCCCUGCGGAGGGAGAAGGGGCGCCCGCGGAUCCGUGGGGCUGCUGGCCUCGCCACCCCGCGUCUGCGUGUGUAACUGCUCUGAGUUUAUCUACAUUUAUCACGCCAGCGGAUCCCUGGAGGUUGUAUAUAAGUUACCCAGUACUGUGUGGCAAGUGGAGUUGGACAGGAGAGGAGAGCAGCUGUUCGUGCUGUGUGAUGGUGGUGGAAUAUAUAGCAUACUUUUAAAGAAGAACAGCCGCAUGCCGGAGACAGUUGGACAGAAAUUGCCCCCGGAUCUUUCCCCGUCGGGGAGUGACUCUGACUGUGGCCCGCCUUCUGUCUGUACCGUGGGUGCCGAACAUUGCCUUGUCAGAGACUGUACGGUCUGCUCCUUCGUUGGUUUGGACAAAGACAUUGUGGUGGUGGCUGAGGAGGAGCAGAAUUGGAAGAUAAGGACCUUCAGACUGCCAACAACUGGCUCUGAGGACCAGAUGUGUCAAAAGAUUGAGGAGAUAGGGUUCACUUCUCAUCUUAAUUCACCACAUUGUGAAAAAUCUGAACCGAGUUACCCACCUGUGUUUCUUUGCGUUUAUCCUCAUGUUGAAAAGGAACAGAAGGAUGGUGAAGAUUAUACUUGCCUUGAUGCAUCUGUCUUCGCCCUCCUCUUUAAUGUGGACGCCAGCUUGCUGCUCUCACCCAUCGUCCUUUGCGGAUUGCCAGAUGGCCAGGUUUAUGUUUUGCCAAUGAGGUACACCAGAUCUGAGGCCAAAGGUCAUCCACCUCGAAUGACAGUGCUGCUACACCUCGAGCAGCCAGUGGUCUUCAUUGGACUUUUGACGUUAAAACGGGAAGUGAGUGAUGAUCAGGAUCCCCAGCCAUCAAGGUCCAAGCCCCAGAUUCCCAACAGCAUUGUUGUAAUCGGAAAAGAGGGCAAAGUGGUGAUAAUCAAGUCCAGCCUUCGGAUGGAGACGUGGUCUCCCUGUUUCACAGAGUACCACCUCCAGGGCCCCAUCAUCAGUGCUUGCUCUCACGCUAGUACGCUUUACUACAGCACCCGCUCAGACUUUUAUGGUGUUGAAAUCCUACGUAGUGAGAAUUUUUCUGGGAGGCUGCCAGAUGGGGAGAGUGGCCAGGCUGGUGGAGCUUUGCCUUCCAUUCUUCUUCCAGUCAGUCUGAACAUCUGUGGGGUUGUAGCUGUUUCCAGGCCUUCACUAACUGCUGAAGGUGACGUAAACUUAGUGGCCCUGACUGAGAAAGGGAAAGUGAUGGCGUGCACCUUGCCCCACCCCCUGAGUGCCGCCCCCACCCCGAAGCUUCAGCCAGCCUGCACAGGGCAGCGCAUAAAGGACCUUCUCUCUGGGAUCAGCAAUGUCUCUGACAGAAUCUCUUCUUUGAAAGGUAUAAUGCAGCAGAAAGACAAAGCCUUAAAAGGACUGAACCAGGACUUCAACAUAUGCUGCGCGCUGCUAUCCGAUCAGGAUAAAGUAAAGGAGUCUUCUAAACAAUCAUUCAGCUGCUCCAUCACUACAAAGUGGAAUCAUGUUCUACUUCAGGAUUCGUUGGUCAUUUCAGUUGUAUUGAAGAACCUCAGUGAUUGGUCUUUGCAGCACAGGUGGUUUCUCUGUGUCCAGCUUGUUGCCCAGAACUUGGUUUUGGCCAAGGUGUCCGACAGCACAGCAUUCUCUUAUGCCUUUCUGAUUAGCGAGCUUCCACCUCGAGAGAAGAUGGAGGUUGCUAUCCCUUUGAACUCUGAGGACGAUGGUCUUCUGCUGCUUCCUGUGACUGUUCACUGCUUUCUUUAUUAUAACUUGAACACUCUUAACAUGACAACUGCCAGCAGACUGCCCGUCUCUCCUAGACCUUCACUGCCUUUUGCACCUUCAGAAAGUGAUGGAGUCUGUCUGCCCCUAAAUACUCGUGUUAUUGACUUGUUAGAUUGCUUGCACAUUCAUGGUGGAGGAGCAACUGGAACAAUACCACACCUGAAUCAUAGGCGUACCACUUUGGAUACAUUGGAGAUGUUCUUGCGUUCUGCUAUGUGCUCUGAAGGCAAAGAUAUUAGGGGCGACAGAACUGUGAAUAGCCCUUUCGGUGGCCUUUGCAACGAUAGGGUGGGUGCUGGUCCAUUUACAGCUUCUUUCAAGGUGUCCUCUGAACUGAUGGAGGUUCCACUAAAAGAUAUUAGCACAGGAAACAUGCCGGAGAAUGGAUCAAAUGUCCUUCAGUGGUUGCUGUGCACAAACCCUGAGCUGGAGGCAUUACGAAUGCAGCCUGUCCCGGCUGUGCAUUGUACAGCGCCUGAUGGGAGCCGUGUUCGGAUACUCACAAAACAGGUUGAAGUCUCCGGUUUUUCUGUUGAUGGUCCAAUCACUGUUACGGAAAUUGUGUUGGAGUGUUCCUCGCUGACCGUGUUCUGUUUCUUGCAUCAGGCUCUCGCUCGGCGUGUCCAGAUGCUUUUGGAACAGAGUUCUCCCUGUAGUGGCUCGCUGCCCGGCCUUCAUAUGCAGUCUCUCAGACAGCUGGCACACAGCGCAGAGACUCUCCUUAAAGGGGUGCAGUCACUGCGGGACCAAUUGUGCCUUGGUGAGGAAGUGAAUCGGAGCGGUGCAGCGGGUAAACUACUGCAACUCUACGAGCAGCUGAGGAGCAUUGAUUUAGUUAUUGUGUAACAGGUGGAAUGGUUCAAACUGCUGCAAUCACCAGGUCAUCACUGUCAGUUGGCCCUCCCCUUCAUUCUUGAAGGCUGUUGAGUAACAGGAGCCUGUGGUUGAUUUUAAGCUGUGCAAUGUUCUGGUAGCAGUUGUUACUUCAUCAUUUGACAAAUGGCAUGAUGGAAAGACUUCCAUUUAUGUAGCCUUCCCUUCACUGAAUAGGGAAUCCUGAAGUGAUUCCAAGCAAUUACAAUUAAAGUGUAAGUUGUUUUGAGGAAAAAUAUCACAAAAUGUCACAUACAGCAAUGAGAAGUUACUCCAGUUGACUUUUUCAGUCAGCAUUGCAUUGGGAACAUGUCUUGGUCAGAACAGCAGGAGAGUCCAUGUUAUUUGAAUAGUACUAUGCCAUAUUUUUAUGGUAACUGAAAUGGCAAAAGGGAUUCUGGUUUACUAGAAGGAUAACCUUGAAGAUGUGACGCUGCACUUAAGUCUUGCUAUGUGUCCUGGCUUGUACCCUGAUCCCACCAUCUUUUGCCGCAGGCGCCAGGGUGCAGCUGUCUAACCAAGCCAAUACGCCACAUGUGAUAACAGCAACCUUAGAGGACCAGUGUGCAUAACCAGCAUAGACUCGGAAAUUGAUUCCUUACAGAAAGCGCACUGUCGUUUCAGUGAUGAGAUUGGUUUAAGUCUAAGGGAUGACAGUGAGGGCUGUGAUCCAGAGAGUAUCCAUGACUUUUUACCAGCCCAUUACUAAAGAAACGAGAACUGACGUUGGCCAGAAUCUACUGGUGCCAGAUGUUUGCCCUAGUGAAGUGUCGGAGGCUUCUGACUGUGGCAUGCUCUUGACAAUGAUACUGAGUUUUCUUAAAUGUAGAAUUUAAAUAAAUUUCUGAUGGGCA